AUGGAAACAGACAUUUUGGUAGAUUACUCCUCACCUUCGACCCCUCCAGCUCCCCGAUCGGCAAACAAACGUCGUUUAAGAAUCCUCUGUCUUCAUGGAUACAAGCAAAACGGUACAGUUUUCAAGAGUAAAACUGCAGUUCUAAGGAAAUCUUUAGAUGAUAUUGCAGAGUUUGUCUACGUAGACGCUCCACACGUCAUCGAUGAAACCAAAGGAACUUCUUCAUGGUGGAGAGUUUCUGGAGAUGGAAAGGAAUACAAAGGUUGGGAACAAACUCUCGAUUAUCUGAGAAAUAUUUUUAUAAAAAAGGGACCAUUUGAUGGUAUCAUGGGAUUCUCUCAAGGAGCAGUUCUUAGUAGCUUACUUUGCUCUAUUUCUUCGUUGAAUUCCGAUCCAUCAGAGAAUGGCGAUUGCUACAGAGACAUCUCAUUCCAAUUUGGACUUUUGUUUAGUGGAUUCCAAAGCAGAGCAACACUUCACCAAUCGUUCUAUCCUUGCCAACAAAACCAUCAACAAGCAGAUGCCGCCGAAUCUGCAGCAAACAGCCAUCCAAACUCACCACACUAUCCCCACAACAAAAUCACCAUUCCAUCGCUUCACAUUUGGGGUAAGGCUGAUGAAUUGGUAGCUGCAUCCAACUGCGAAUCAUUAUCACUUCAAUUUUCACAUCCCCAAUGUUAUGUCCACGAACACGGUCAUCUGAUGCCAACCUCAAAGAAAGAUAUUGAACACUAUAGAUCAUUUUUAUUACAAUUCGUAGACGUAUUGGAAUAA